AUGUUUUGUGGCCUUUUAACCCGGCUGGACGCGAGGAGCUGCCUGCGGAGACAUUUUUUCGGGAGGCCGUGGGCCAAAAGCCUUGUGCUCUCUGCUCUCUGGCUCGGCUUCUUCCAGGGCCCGAAGGUGGUCCGCGAGGAAGACGGGCUGGAGCUCGGCAACGUCUACGAGUUCCAAGUCCGCGUCGGUGACGUCUGCCGCAUGGGACCUUGGUCCAAGUCCUCUCCUCCGGUCCGCUUCGCUUUGUCUCCGCCGGUACCUUGCGAAGGCGGAGGCUUGCGCAUUUUGGAGAAGGGAGAUCGGGCGGAGGUGAGCUGGGCACCCUUCCAGCCCGACGCCGCCUCCCAGGCUCAGCUCCCAAACCUUUCCCGGCUGCCCAUCGAGUACACGCUGAGCAUCUUUGCCGACGACGAGGGCGCCGCCAGCGACAGUGCGGAGACGCGCCGUGAGACGCGCCUGGUGUCCUCGCUGUCGACCACGUCGACGGUGUGCAGCGUGUCGAACCUCCGGCCUCUCAGCGCCUACUCCGCGAGCCUCAGUGCACGCUGGUCACGUUUCGGCAACGUGGAAAGCGGCAGCACGGCUGCUCGCGCUGCUCGGCUUUUUGCCGCUUUCGCCACCACCGGGCUGAAGGGCAGCAAGCUGACGGCCGAGCUCUCGGUGCGCCUGCCCGCGGGCUCCAACGAUUUCCACAAGGUGGGGGCGCCCACCAGGGCAUCCAUCCCAAUGGAAGGAACCGGCGUCCCGGCGGCCGUUACUCUGGACCUCGACCCGUACUAUGCACAACCUCGCUUGAACCACUACAAGCCUGAGUUUGUUCGCAAGCCCUCCUUGCCCAGCUCACGGCGAACGCAGGCGCAGGACGACUCGCCGGAAGAGCGGCCCCUAUCUCCCAAGCAGCCCACGCUGCCGCGCGUGCUGGUCCCCAUGCCGCCGCCGAAGUUCACAACCAGGGACCCGCUGUCCUUCGCCCUCCUUCAGCCGAAGCCCCCACGACCGACGGCGACUCCGCGCAGUGCCCGGGGAGCUGCCAGCAGCUCGGCCUUCCGCGCAGAGCAGUGCUGA